AAAGGCUAAUCAUUCCACCACCAUAGUGACCAUGCAUUCAGAAUUGGUGUUUUUGAUUACCCAUAAUUUUUCAUUGACUGAUAUAUGAUAGUGUAUUUCUGGUAGGUCAACAUCUUUAAUUUUGGUAACCAAGGUAUAGAGUAAAAGAAAAUUGAAAAGUGUGCUGCAGUGGUAAUGAAUGAAACGUAUUAUAUGAAUAAAAGUUGUUGUAAACUAAAUUUUCCUCAUUGCAGUUUUGAUGAAAUGGCAAAAUAUGAUUUGCCCGCCAUGCUGGAUUUUGUCCUUGAAAAAACUGGUGUGGAGAAGCUACACUAUGUUGGCCAUUCAAUGGGGACAACAGUAUUCUUUGCUCUUAUGAGCUCACAACCUGAAUACCAAGAGAGAAUUGCAUCGAUGGUUGCCCUGGCUCCGGUAGCAACAGUGACAAGCAUCAGUUCACCUAUCAAAUAUUUAGCACCAGUGGUUAAUGAUAUACAGUUUGUCCUGAGAUUAUUUGGAAAUGAUGAGGAGUUCAUGACAAAUCCUUUACUCAUUUCUUUGUGGGACCCUUACAAGGCAUGCAGUAAUCAAGCAUUAUGUGAAAAUCUUCAGUUCUUGAUAACUGGAUUUGAUCCCUCAAGAGCUGAUCAGACCAUGGUUCCCAUUAUCCUGACCCAUAACCCUGCUGGAUCUUCCACUCAAACACUCUUCCACUUUGCCCAAGGAAUUUCUUCAGGUCGAUUUCAACAAUUUGACCAUGGAAGAUUAGAGAAUAUGAAAGUGUAUGGACAACCAACACCGCCAGAAUAUGAUGUUGCAAAGAUAAAAAUCCCCAUCACAUUAUUUUGGGCUAAUAAUGAUUGGCUUACUAGUCAAAAGGACAUUCUCCACUUGGAAAACCAGCUGCCCCUUUUAAAAGGAAGUUAUAAGGUAUCUAAUCCUAUAUUUAGCCACCUGGACUUCCUUUGGGCAACUGAUGCAAAGCCCCUGGUCUAUGAGAAGAUUUUUGAUGCUCUCAAGGACUUUGUGGAUGACAGUGUAUGAGGAUACAUGCUGCCAUAAGUCUUUCCGCCAAUAUUCACAUUUUGCCACCUUUUAAUACUUCAACUAGUGAUGGAAGAAACCGGUGUACCUUUUUUCACAAGGAUCUUUGAGUAGAAUUAUUUGUAUACUGUAACUAGGAUGAUACAUUUUUACAUUUGACAUGUAAAUAUCGCAUAUGUCAAGAAAUUGUUACAGUAUAUAAAUGAUGGCGUACU